CGGAAGCGGCCACCGUCCCCCUCCCGCCGUCUCCGCCAUCACCGCCUCCCUCUCCCGCCUCCUCCGCCCCGCUCCCCCCUCACCGGUGGCCGGGCCCGCGCCACUCGCGGCCCCGCCCAUGAGGCGGCGACGGCGGUGGCGGUGGUUGCGGCCGGGCCGGGGGCAGGCGCCUGCCCCAGGGGCGGCGGCGGGCCGGGGCUGAGGGCCCUGAUGCGGCUGCGGCUGCUCCGCCGCAGGGAGAGGUGCCGGUCCCCAUGCACCCCAGAAUGAAUGAAAUGAACUUGAGUACUGUAGGGAUGGACCAGCUGACCUCAUCCUCUGUGAGCAAUGCCCUGCCGGUCUCUGGGAGUCACUUGGGGUUGGCAGCGUCACCCACUCACAACGCCAUACCAGCACCAGGCUUGCCUGUUGCAAUUCCAAACUUGGGCCCCUCCUUGAGUUCCUUGCCCUCUGCUCUGUCUCUGAUGCUCCCAAUGGGUAUUGGAGAUCGAGGAGUUAUGUGUGGUAUACCAGAGAGAAACUACACCCUACCUCCACCACCAUACCCUCACCUGGAGAGCAGCUAUUUCAGACACAUUCUACCUGGUAUUUUAUCUUACUUGGCUGACAGACCUCCGCCUCAGUACAUCCAUCCUAACACUAUAAAUGUGGAUAGCAAUCCAGCACUGUCAGUCCCCAGCAAUCCCUCAGCCCUAGAUCCCUACCAGCCCAGUGGAACUGUGGGGCUGGAACCAGGGAUUGUCUCCAUGGACUCCCGCACAGUGAACACCCAUGGUGCUCAAAAUCUGCACCCUAGUGACGGCCACGAGGUAGCUCUGGAUACUACAAUCACUAUGGAGAGCGUAUCGAGGGUCACCAGCCCCAUCUCUACAGAUGGGAUGGCAGAGGAACUUACCAUGGAUGACGUAGCUGGGGAUCAUUCACAGAUCCCAAAUGGCUCCCGGAGCCAUGAAUCUUUAACCGUAGACACGGUGGGGAGUAACUUGACAUCGGACCCUGUGGGACACGGCGGUGUCAUUCCCAUUCACGGUAGCACUUUGGAACUGCCUGUCGUCAUGGAGCCUGACCACAUGGCUGGGCGGGUGGCAGGAAUACCGGACAGCACACUAAAUGACUCCAUUCAUACUGUGGCCAUGAGCACCAACUCUGUGAGUGUGGCGCUCUCUACCUCACACAAUCUAGCUUCUCUGGACUCGGUAGCCUUGCACGAAGUGGGCCUCAGCCUUGAGCCGGUGGCAGUCUCUUCCAUGAAUCAGGAAGUAGCCAUGGGCCCAAGUCAUGUGGAUGUGUCUGCAGACAAUCUUGCCUUCGUACCAUCCUCUCUGCAAAUGGAAGACUCCAAUUCGAACAAGGAGAACAUGGCAACCUUGUUUACCAUAUGGUGUACACUGUGUGACAAGGCGUAUCCAUCAGACUGCCCAGAUCAUGGGCCCGUCACCUUUGUCCCUGACACCCCAAUAGAGAGCCGAGCCAGGCUUUCUCUCCCUAAGCAGCUCGUCCUCCGGCAGUCCAUCAUGGGAGCUGAAGCGGAUUUUGGUCUUCUACUGAUAGGUGUGUGGACACGAGAAACCAUUCCUGUAAGAACUUGUUUUGGACCUUUGAUCGGGCAGCAGAGCCAUUCUCUGGAGGUGGCAGACUGGACAGACAAAGCAGCUAGUCACAUCUGGAAGAUCUACCACAAUGGUGUCCUGGAGUUCUGCAUCAUUACAACUGAUGAAAAUGAAUGUAACUGGAUGAUGUUUGUACACAAAGCCAGGAACCGGGAAGAGCAGAAUCUCGUAGCUUAUCCUCAUGACGGAAAGAUUUACUUUUGCACCUCUCGGGACAUCCCACCUGAACACGAGCUUCUCUUUUAUUACAGUCGGGACUACGCACGACAGCUUGGUGUACCUGAACAUCCGGACGUGCACAUCUGCCACUGUGGAAAGGAAUGCGCCUCCUAUGCGGACUUCAAGGCCCAUUUGAGCAGCCAUAUUCACAGCCACCUCCCCAGUCAGGGGCACAGCAGCAGCCAUGGAGCAGGCCAUGGCAAGGAAAGGAAGUGGAAGUGCUCCAUGUGUCCCCAGGCUUUCAUCUCCCCAUCCAAGCUCCAUGUCCAUUUCAUGGGGCACAUGGGCAUGAAGCCACACAAGUGUGAUUUCUGUAGCAAAGCUUUCAGUGAUCCUAGCAACUUACGGACACACCUCAAGAUACACACAGGGCAGAAGAAUUACCGCUGUACCCUCUGUGACAAGUCGUUCACCCAGAAGGCUCACCUGGAAUCGCACAUGGUCAUCCACACAGGGGAGAAGAACCUCAAGUGCGAUUACUGUGAAAAGCUGUUCAUGCGGAGGCAGGACCUAAAGCAGCAUGUACUCACUCACACGCAAGAACGGCAGAUCAAGUGCCCCAAGUGUGACAAGCUGUUUCUGAGGACAAAUCACCUGAAGAAGCAUCUCAAUUCACAUGAAGGAAAGAGGGACUAUGUCUGUGAAAAAUGCUCCAAGGCUUAUCUAACCAAAUAUCACCUCACUCGCCACUUAAAAAUAUGUAAAGGCCCUGCAUCCAGCCUGUCAGCCCCAGAGGAGGAAGAGGAAGACGAUUCAGAGGAGGAAUUAAUAGACUCUAUAAGGACCGAAGACUGUAGGAUUAACAAUGGGGUCUAUUCAACUGGUGAUGCCCUCUCUGGACACAAAUGAAGAAAAGCGAGAGGGAAAUAUCCUUGGAUAUUGUAACUUGAGAAGGAAAAACACCCUCUUUGUUUUCCCAGUCAACAGCGUAUGUCAAAUGAGGAUUUUUCCUUCUGUUUUUGUCUCCACACUACCACCACUUACUUAUUAAACUGUAGCCAGAACACUGAAUGAGAAUGGAUCAUGCACAUACAAGUCAAGAGUUGCUAAGAAGGAAAUGUGAGGCAAGCAGACUUUUUCACACACACUGUGCAUACUUCCUCUUCCAAAUCACUCAGAUUAAUCCAUCCAGUGCCGGGAUACAUGACACACCUUGCAUAGCCCUUUGAAUAAAGAGCCACAAACCAGAAGAGAUGUAGUUGAGUGAUUGCAGUGACCUGUAAGCCAACUGUCCUUAGCUGCCAAAGCCAUGACAAUGAGAGAAAUGAACAAAAAAUGGUGGUGGCAUGUGAGGUAUUUUGCUUUUUAAUACUUUUUAACUGAAAGAUGUGGUUUGGUACAAAGCAAAGACUUAGCAAUGCUCAGGUCUCCUUCUUAAAGAAAACCUCAAACAAACAGCUUUGGUUAAAGAAAAAAAAAUCCCAUGAAAUCAGCAAAAAUCAGCAUUUGCAGACAAAGCAAAUACCCCAGUACAGAAAAUCAGACAUUGGCUUUCGGAGAAGAGUUACUGCCUCUUCUUGCUCUGGUUCACGAGAACAUGGCAGCAGGUGAAGACGUAAAGACUAUACAGUAAGGAGGAGGCUUACAGAUGCUCAGAUGGUGUUUACAGUAUGUAUUACUUCUCAUGCUGUAAACCUUGUACCACCUGGAAUGAUGGGAGGGUUUGCUGCUAACAUUAUUUAUGUAAUUAAGAUGUAUUUUUACUUGGUGGUUUUCCUUUGAAAAAAAUAAAAAUGUGGCUCUUUUCUAA